CAAAAUCGCGGGCAGCUAGCAGCGCUGCUCUUGCCGCAAACACAAACAACGACAACGAGCAACAAAUGAAGACAUAAUAACGGCACAUCGAGACGGGACGCCACUCAAGCGGCGGGACUCCGGCUAUUGACCUUACUAACCCCACAGCAGGCGGCAAUUACUUCAAGCCUCCCUCUCCUCGUUAGCUUUUCUACUCCUGUGGCCUCGACAAUCUGAGUCGCUCAGGUAUCGCAACUGCUGGAAGCUUAUCCGCAACCGUUGACGCCUUCUGCGCACUAUCCUUCAGGUCCGGGCGAAGGAAGACGCCGCACUCAUAACACAGCAGCAUGUCGUCCUCGGCGAUGUCUGUGGCGCAAGCCCAAUCCACACCUGUCAGACAGAUCGCGGCCCCCUCUUCAUCUGUUCAGGAUAGCCCAGGAAAUUGGAAACACCCUCGGCUUACUGAGAUCACGCGGCGGCGAAAUCUAAGCACUUUCGGGGAGAAGAACAUUAGGCAAAUCGUCUACAAUGCCAUGGCUCUUUUUGCGAUCGGCUUGCUACGGCAAAUGUUCCCGUACUUUGUGCGAUGGUUCUUCCCCGAAUUGAAGCACUACACCAACUGGAUUUACGCCGCGCUUACUGUAUUGCCAUUGAUCAACAUUGGCUUGGCCCUGCUGCCUCUUCUCCGGACGCAGGACGACCUCUCAGACAUCCCACUCACACCGGCUCAGCGGAAGCUGCUUGGCUUGCCACCGAGCUCCAAGCCGGCAACGCCAGAUUCGGUGUACAGCACGCCGCCCAAAUACUCCAGAACCCCGUCCAUGGCUGGAUCGCCCGCCAGCAUCAAGAGCUACACCAGCUCGCCCCUGUCGAACCUAGCCAGUCCGGUCUCGGCCCAGUAUUCGUCGCCUCGGCCGGGGACAUCUCCAUCGAAAUUGCAUCCCUCGCCGUAUUCGCCCUCGGCAGUUAGCCCGUUGCUUCAGAAGGCCGUGGGAGGGGGCCUCAAUGGGGGGAGGAACGCGUCUUUUGGCUCGCCCAGUUCACUCGGCGCGAGCACGGCAUCGAGUCUCUUUGGUGCAAGUACUGCGUCGAGUAUGUUUGGCGAUGGACCUCCGACUCCAACGCCGGCGACAGGGAAACGGUCUAGCGUCAGCCUCAACAACAAGUGGCUGUAUGAGAAGGGCAGGAGGAGCUCAGGGAGCGGCUGGUUGCACCAGAACUUCUCAUGAUGACUUGAUUCAUUCAUCUUGAUGGGUGAUAUCCCGGUAUGGCUAGCUCUGGAUCGGUUUUUAUAAUCAGAAGACAGCCACAUACCGCGUUCUCAUGGUGCAUUGUUAACGAGGGAUGUACGGCAUUAUCUGUGAAGUUAUUACCAACGUGGCGCUGAAGACGCCCAAAGCUUGGGAGAUCGUGCAGGAGGAAUCAUGCACAUGGUCUCCUCCAGCAUCCAGCUCAUGGCACCCUAUCCAGGUACACGCACGGCUGAGUUGAGAACACGGCCCUCUCACACCAGAAGGUCAUCCGGGUCGCGUAAAUCUAGAAACACGCCCCAUUAGGCUAACUGACCUCUGGGAAGAAGCCGGUGGGUGUUGGCCGUGCGGACCGUGUGUAUACAUGGCUACAGUAGAGACGGAGGGCAAUUGUGGUGUUUCUAGGGAGUUUGGUACUU